AUGCGGCAAGGUGGCGGCAAGAAGCGCAAGAAGAAGACGUACACGAAGCCAAAGAAGAUCAAGCACAAGCGCAAGAAGGUGAAGCUCGCAGUUCUUAAGUUCUACAAGGUGGACUCCAAUGACAAGGUCACGCGCUUGCGCCGGGAAUGUCCUCACGAGACCUGCGGGCCGGGAGUGUUCAUGGCCAUGCACUUCAACCGCUACUACUGCGGCAAGUGCCACUUGACCUAUCUCAUCAAGAAGGACGAGAAGUGA